GUGACAUUAUUAUGAAUGUGGGUUGUGGAAUCAUUCAAUUCCGAAUGUUUGCCUUGAAGCCAGGCUAUUUUCGAGGAGAACGCUAUCUGGCUUCAACUGAUUGAAAACAUAAAACACUGGGUGUGUCAACAAAACGGUGAAUUUAUUGAAUCAGUGCGUUUGUGUCGGUGAGCGCGAUAUGAGGAGAAUUUUGGGAAAUGCAGUCAAAUUGUUUUUAUUCUUCUGGACUUGCAAAGUUAUCUAUCGGAUGUAUCACCAGAAUAUAUUUAUGGCCGAGUCUUUGGACACAGGGGAUACUUUGGAAUUGUUUGAAGCUGGAAGCGAGAACGAAAAUUAUGAAAAAUUCCUCAUCGAUACACCAGGUUGUACAAUUCCAAACUUAGACGCUUUUAGUCCCGAAAUCGCUCCAUUCGUAUACAAAAUGAAGAAGCUUGUUUGCACAGACAAGCCUCUCCUGACCUACAUACAGAGGAGUUCCAUUGGAUCUAUAUUACAUGUGAAUAAAUCCUCAUCAGACUAUAGCUAUCUCCAAGUGAAAUGCUGUUACAGAGAAGUCACUAGGGGUCGCGCAGGACAAAAUAUUGAUAACGACAUUAGUUUUUCAGAAUGCCACCCAUUUAAGAAGGCCGUACUUAUCCAAUCCGAGCUUAUCAAAGUCGAAUGUUCCACCGUAUUCGGACUGGUGUAUGAGAACAUCCACUUCAUCAUGAAGCCUCCUGAGAAGCCAGUCAGCAAUGCAGCUGACCCCAACGUCAUCCUCAUAGGGAUCGACGGAGUUUCGAGGUCCAAUCUUAUGAGAACCAUGCCCAAAACGCAGCAAUUCUGCGAGAAGAACAACUGGGUCAAUCUGAAAGGGUACAAUAAAGUCGAGGACAAUACUUACCCGAAUUUUAUUGCUGUACUAGCUGGGGUCAAGUUUGACGAUCGAGUCUCGACAGUAUGUGAUCCUUAUCAUAAGGAUUCAUUCGAAAGCUGCAAUUUCAUCUGGAACCAAUACAAGGAUCAGAAUUAUAGUACUGCUUAUGCAGAAGAUGCGCCGACUAUCAGCACAUUCAACUUGAAAAAAGUAGGAUUCACCAGCCCUCCAACCGACUACUACUUCAGACCGUACUUCCUAGCAGCAGAUCAACUUCCCCCAAAAUAUCUGUGCCUGAAGGCCCACUGCACAGGCCCAGAGAAAACCGGUAUCAGAAUGCAGAACCUGAUAACCGACUUCCUGUCCACCAACAAUGAUUCCGCUCCAAGUUUCGGACUAUUUUGGAUGAACAGUUUCAGCCACGAAGGCCUCAACUGUCCUACGUCCAUGGACGAUGAUUUUGCCGCGUUUUUCGAACGAAUGCAAGCAGAUGGGUAUCUGGACAACACCAUCGUUGUUUUCUUCAGCGACCAUGGUUUCAGGUUCGGAAAGAUUCGACUGACGCAUGUUGGAUGGUUGGAAGAAAGGCUGCCUUUCAUUUAUAUCCAUAUACCAGAGAGAUUUAGGAAAGUUCAUGAAGAGGAAUACAAAAACCUGCUGGACAACUCAGAGAAACUCACCACCCCAUACGAUCUCCAUAUGACUCUCCAGCACAUCCUCUCUCUGUCAGAUCCGAAAUACACCGAAAUCCAAGCGGAAGGUUGCCCUUUGUGCAAGUCCCUCUUCAAAAAAAUCAGCCCUGAUAGAUCGUGCGACCAAGCAGGCGUCCCCCAGCACUACUGCACCUGUUCUCUAUACGUCAAAAUCGAUAAGAACUUGCCACUGGUCAGGGAAGUAGCGCAAUUCUUCGUUGGUUCCCUCAACGAAAAAGUUGGUUCGUACGGUGCUGAAGCCAGUGAGUGCCGUGAGUACUCCUUGCAGGAUAUCACUCAUGCUCAGUUAUUGGUGAUUGAGGAAGGCAAGGAAGAAAAUAUUUUGAUUAGUGUCGUCACGAAUCCAGAGGCUAACUUCGAGGGGACAGUGAAAGUUCUUUAUGACACGGAUGGAAGUUUCCAGUUGUCUGUUUCGAACAUCAACAGGCUGGAUAGGUAUGCUCCCAAAACGUAUUGUGUGAGAAAUUCGCCAGUGCAAAUAUACUGCUAUUGUAAAUCUACGUUUGAUAGUUUGAUUAAUGUUUUUUGUAAUAAUAAAUUCUGCUUUUUAUAUCUACUUGUGUUAUAUUACCCUAUACAAAACGAGUACUGUCAUUUUAGCUUUUACAUAUUUCAAGUUUGA